UACUUCUCGUACCUGCUUCCUCCCUCUUUUCUCUUCCUCUUUUCACAUCGCCAAUUCAAUCGACUCAUCUUCAAACACACCAAUCUUUCACCCUACCAACAAUAAAUCAACCGCAAUUAUGAAGUUCUCCGCUAUCUUUGUCCUGGCUUCUGCCACCGCCGCCAUGGCUGCCAACUCCACUCCCGCUCUUUUCGCUCGUCAAUCGACCGGUGCCACCUGCUCUAACGGAGAGUCCGUCUGCGGUUCUGGAUGCUACGACCCCACUGCCUACAUCUGCUGUGGUCAGGCCGGUCAGGUCUGCGCUUCCGGCAACUACUGCGCCAGCGCCGACCGCUGCUGCCCCAUUGGUGCCAACUGUGACGGUCAGGGUACCUCCACUGCUUCGGGUGUUUCUGCCACCGCCAUCCAAUCUGGAUCUACUAUCCUCGGAAGCUCUGCAUCUUCUCUUUCAUCGAGUCUGACAUCAAGCGCCUCAGCCGCCUCUUCUGCCGCAAGCAGCGCCUCCUCAUCUAUGUCGAGCGCCGCCUCUAGCCAAUCUUCUGCUGCUUCAUCUGCUUCGUCCUCGGCAUCCUCUGCCGCUUCAUCUGCAUCCAGAUCUGCUACAUCUUCGGCCGCAUCUGCUUCUCGCUCCGCUUCAUCGGCUGCCUCCUCUGCAUCCUCUGCAGCAGCCACUUCUUCCGGUGCUGCCGUUGCUGGAACCGCUACCAACUUUGGUCUCGCUCUUCUCGGCCUUGCUGCCCUCAUCUAAGCUGGCCCUCUCAUGAACGCCAUUUUCUUCUAAGCUACCAGGCUUGAGGAGUCUGGUACUUUCUUUCCUUACUUCAUUCCAUUCGACGGGUUACGCUAGGCGAAAAAGUCCUUGCUGGUUGUACCAAAUGUAGUUAUGAUAUCAUCUUGCAUUGUUAAUAGAUAGGGAACAUUAUACCU